ACCGGAAGAGAAGGCCUUAGAGGGCCGCUCGCGGGUCUGCGACCAAGCGCCCCGCGGAGCAGCAUUAAGAAUGGCUACCUCUACCUGUCCAGGGCGAAAGAACGGCGUCAGUUUCCUAUAUCCGCGAGCGCUCCCUGCAGGGGGAGAGGGCGGCGGGGCAGCGCCCUUGGGCCCUCCCUCGCCCUGUGGCUGCGCGGAGAGGGCGGGAGCUGGCGAGGAGCAGCAGCAGCAGCAGCACGUGCCAAGCCCCUCCUUCCCUCGCGCCGCUGCGCGCCAUCCAGCCCGGACCGUGGGAGCUGCCGGCUGUUGGCCAGAAAGGCGCGAGGCUCUCUGCGGCGGCGACGGCGCGCCCAGGUUCGUCCUGCUGCGAAGCGCGAAGGUGGUUUUUGCGCGCGCGCGCGCGUUUUUUUUAAUGUUUUGCGCUCUCUCACGCGCAGCUCUCCAGAUGUGCAGGCAGGCAGCGGCGCGCGGCGCGGCCACGAGCCCGUCGCCGGCUGCACAGGCUGGGCCAGGAGGGAGAGAAAGCAGCGGAGCCCGCCGAGCUGGAGGGUGGCGCUGGGAGGAGGAGGAGGAGGAGGAGGCGAAGCGGCAGUGCUGCUGACGGGGAUGAUGGCGAGCAGCAGCUCCUGGGCAGCCGCACGGAGAUGCCGCAGCCGGGCUUGCGCCUUCGCCUCCGCCGCCGCUGAGAUACGAGCCGUCGGCCCCAGGUGAGCGCCCCCGCUGCUCCGGGGACGGGCGCGGGAGGCAGCAGGGAUGUCCGCGGCCGCAAAGGCGGGCCAGGCCGGGGCUGCAAAUCCCCAAGAGUUCCAGACGGGAUAACGAGCCCGGUUGGGGGGGGGGGGACGGCCGGGAGAAAGGGAGGGACGCUCCCCCCUCCGGGCUGGCUUAGGAGAAAGGCAGGGGGUCAGCGCGCAAGGAACGUCCCUCGUCAGGAGGAUGCUUUCUCCGGGGGGGAGCGGGACAUGCUUAGGCGGGAGGAGAACGGUGCGCGUUGGAGAGAAACGCCUUCUGCACAUGCUCCGAGGCACCGUGGCCUGGGGGCGAGCCUCGCGUUUGUAAACAGGUGCCCGAGCUCAGGCGAAGUCUUGCCCUUGCGCCAAGAGCGGGGGGCAGACGCCGCUGCCACCUCUGCCCGCCACCCACCCACCCACCUGCUGUCCCCCUUUUGGCGCCAAGCUGGCCUCGUCGUCGGGGCUUCCCAGCAGAGCUCUGGCUUCCUCCGUCGCGGAGGGUCGAGGGAGUAGCCCGGGAAGGCAGCAGUCCUAGCCGGGAAGCAGCUCUGGGCUUCUUCCCCGCUGACCUUGGGAAGCGACCUGCGGCUGCGGCUUUCUGCGCGAGCGGGGAGGGCAGCCGGGCAGGUUGGGCAGCAGUAGCGGGGGCGGCGGCGCGUUGCCCUCUAAGGUGGACGUGGCUCCGUCCGGGCUGGUCCGGCGUCGGGCACUCGGGACUUAUGAGGGAGGAUGGAGAAGAGGGGGGAGCCCGCCCGCGCUUUUUGCUUGUUUGUUUGCCUGGAAGGAGGAAGGGGCGGGUUAAAAGCCGGGACCGACGAGAGAGGAGAGGCGGUGGGGGUGUCGUGACUUCAGGGCAGUCGAGGGGGCGGAGUGGCAGCGUAGCUUGGGAUUCCUGGGCCUCCUCUGGAAGGGAUGGGAGAAGGUAGGUUUGGAGCGAGCCGGGUCUCCUUCGAAGGAAGUAGCAGCCUGGAUUCUUGGGGAGGUGCUGUGGGCCCUCCCCUAUAAAAUUGAUGGGCAUUGCCCUAAAGUUGAUGGGCAUUGCCAUUCAAUCGGUGUGGAUGCACCCCAUCAUGUGGUCGAUUACACAGGGCGGGGUUUACCUGCCACCUCCCCAAUAUUUAUCCAAGUUGGCACCCCUGGCUGUGGGGCAAUCUCGGAAGCCUUUAAUUUUUGAGGUGGAGAGAUUUCCACUCUUUGAGGGAGGAGGGAAAUGGGGGCCAAUGAGACUCCCUCAUCCUCUGAAGGGAGCAGAUGAGGAUUGGGUUGGAGGUGCCAGACUAGCUGGAAACCCCUUGGCAAACCUCUGCUGGCCUGCCGCCUUAUGGGUGCCAGCGACUCUCUGCCCCAUAGUCCUUGCCAUUCCCCACUUCAUGCAGGGGCCAAGAUUCUGCCCAGGGGUUUGUUCCACAUAGAACAGGGAAGGGUGGGCAAAUGAACCAGAGACAGACGCCAGCUAUGCUUCCACUCCGCCAUUGCAAUCUCGGUCACAGAAUCAUAGGGUUGGGAAGGAACCAUGAGGGUCAUCUAGUCCAACCCCCUGCAGUGCAGAAAUCUUUUGCCCAAGGUGGGGCUCGAACCCAUGAUCCUGGCAUUAAGAGUCUCAUGCUCUGCCGACUGAGCUAUCCCAGUUCCUCUUCAACCAUUACAUAUUUACGCCUCUUAUCAAAGGUGCUUCCCUGGGUCCCAAAAGGCCCACCAUCCCAGGGUGGGUGGGAGGUAACCAGAGGGGGAAAUAGCACCUUUUUGUUUGUGGCUCCCAGUCUAUAUAAGUCUUACUUGAUUGGAGCCAGUCCAGGACCAAGCAAAGAUUCACCACCACCACCAAGUUGCCUGAACAUUUCAGCAUGUUCUGUAUUUUUGUUCUAUGGUAUAGUUUUGCUGGAUUGUAUUGGGUUUCUGGCUGCUUAUCUCUGUGCUUUAAUCUUCGUCAUUUCUUUGUUUUGUAGUCUUAAUUGGUUGUGUGGCACCGAGGGAGUUUUAUAUACCGAAGCCUCCUUUAGCAUCUUACGAUUUAGGUGCAUGGUGUACACUCUGAGCGGCUUAAAAGUCUACACCUAAAUUGCAAGAUGUGGAUGCAAUAGACAUGUUUGCAAACAGGCAUAUAUGCUAGUCAGGGGUACGUGGUUGGCUGCAUCUGCCUGUUGAGCGUGCGUUCACUGAGCAAUGUGUGAAACGUACCUUGGGGCACCAGGCAUGGCUGUGCUUGUGUUUGACUCGGAGAGACACUAGAACACAAUGUGCCUGUGUCUAGGAUCCUUCGUUGGCUGGCUGUAAGAAGAGAUUAUCUAUAGGCAAUUGAGAGGUGAUCUACAUACAGUAUAGCUUCUUCCUGUGUGGGAAGUGUUUCUCUGCCCUGAGAAGCGCAAUGUGUGAAACAACCCCCUUGGAUCUCUGAAACAGAAAUCGGCCUUAGUGUGCACAUUUCGAUAUAUGUAUUGGGCACCUGUAAUUUCCCAAAAGUGGGUUUUAAGGCAUAGUUGGUGGGAGGACAGGGAAUAGGAUUUGGGGCUUCCGUUUGUCUCUUUUUGUCUUAGUAUUUGACUUAGGAAAUGUCUUUGGGUGAGGAAAGGGGAAUAUGUAGGGAGUUAGGAGUCCAGAUUUUAGUCUUCCGUGGGUGAAAAGUGUAUUCUGUCGAGUGUAUGUGUGUUUUGGGGGAGGGAGUUGGCUGUCUUUGAUUUAUUAUUGCUUGCAACUCUAGAGCAGACUCAUUUGUCCAACGUGGCCAAGUCAAUCUCACUCUGUGCCUCACUUAUAAAAUGAAGAUAAUGAUGUUUCUUUGCCAAGCUGCAGGGCUUGGGAGGAUAACUGAUUGGUUGGGAGGUGCCCUGAUACUGUGUUAGCAUUGAUGUUGUGGUUCUGUGGCUGCCAGGCUCCUGGUCUUCCUUUGUAGCCCACUGCCGCGCAUGUUAAUGGAGAGGGGAGAAGGGGGAGAUGUUUAUUUUUGGAGUCAGUCCAGCCUUGAGCAUAAGGAUAGCUCUUACCAUUUUGCCGCUGCCUCCCUGAAUUAUUCUACAGGUUUCGAUAGUCAAGAUUCUGAAUAUUUAAUGCGCUUUAAUCCUCCCUACCAUUCUCACAGUUAAGGUGGUACGUGGCUGGCAUUUCUCCCCAAUCUUUCAAUGUGGUCUUAUGGACUAGGAAAUGGGGGUUCUAGUUCACAUUAUUUUAUUUAUUUACUUAUAUAUUAAAAAUAUUUCCAAACCACUAUCUAUUAAAAAAUAAUAACCAGAGUGGUUUACAAACAAUUGUAUAUAAAUAAAGCCAUUGAAAGGUUAAAAAACAGAAAUCAGCUAAGUACAGUGGUACCUCAGGUUAAGUACUUAAUUCGUUCCGGAGGUCCGUUCUUAACCUGAAACUGUUCUUAACCUGAAUCACCACUUUAGCUAAUGGGGCCUCCUGCUGCUGCCGCACCACUGGAGCACAAUUUCUGUUCUCAUCCUGAAGCAAAGUUCUUAACCUGAGGUACUAUUUCUGGGUUAGCAGAGUCUGUAACCUGAAGCAUAUGUAACCCAAAGUACCACUGUAUUGCAUAAAGAUUGUAUACUUAAUUGCCUGCAAAAACCUGACAAUCACUUUAGAGAUUGCACCAGAAGCGGUUUAGUCCUGCUGGCCACAUGACCUGGAAAGCUGUCUGUGGACAAAUGCCAGCUCCCUCAGCCUGAAAGCGAGAUGAGCGCCACAACCCCAUAGUCGCCUUCGAUUGGAUGUAACUGUCCCAGGAUCCUUUACCUUUUUUUUAACAAUAUAGAAAUUGGGUUUGGGUAGGUGAUUCAGGCAAUUGCCUGAGUAGGGUGGCCCAGACUUGAAGGCUGGUGUGCGUAUAUCCCUGUCUCAUGCUAUCAAUCCAGUACAGUACCGACAUCAGGCAUUGCUUCCUGGGAGAAUUCAAGAUGGCGGCGGCUUGCCACAAAACAGAGCUAAGUGGCAGCUCAUUGGCAAUAAAAAAAAGUGUUGCUGGGCUAACACAUAUGUGAGUGACUGCUGAGUGACUGGCAGCCAGCAGCCAUACUGCAUGGGGACUGUCAACAGCACUGGGCAGGGAGCCAUAACUGGGGAAUCUUUUAAAGUCUGGCCCUGGCAAUCAGGGUUCUUGGUUGUGCCAGAAGCCUACACACAUGCUAGCCGAAUGUUUCCCAAACUUGGGCCUCCAGCUGUUUUUGUACUAUAGUUCCCAUCAUCCUUGCCCACAGGUCCUGCUAGCUGGGGAUGACUGGAGUUCUGGUCCAAAAACAGGUGCAGACCCAAGUCUGGGAAACACUGCACUAGCCUCUCUGAUUCAGACCUUCUCCAAAGUGUAGCUGCUGACGAGAGACACAGUGGCAGGAGGAAGGCCAGUGAGCAUACCUUGCACUCUUCACCUCACACGAUGCUCAUUACGCAAAGGGAGUCUGUAUGAAUUGAGCUAUACUGACUGACCCAAGGAGUUUCGUGGCUGGGAUUUGAACACAGGUCUUCCCCCAGCAAAAGUCUAAUGCUGUUCUUAAUACAUGCAGCCCUCUCUCUCUCUCCCUCUCUCUCAGUUUUUUUCUUCACCUCUUCCAGGGUUAAGCCCUGGGAUUUAAGCUAGGGAGGCACCCUAUCUUAAUGGGUGUACAGUGGUACCUCUGGUUACGAACUUAAUUCGUUCUGGAGGUCUGUUCUUAACCUGAAACCGUUCUUAACCUGAGGUACCACUUUAACUAAUGGAGCCUGCCGUGCCGCUGGCGUGCAAUUUCUGUUCUCAUCCUGAGGUAAAGUUCUUAACCUGAGGUACUACUUCCGGGUUAGUGGAGUCUGUAACCCGAAGUAUUUGUAACCUGAGGUGUUUGUAACUUGAGGUACCACUGUACAGUGGUACCUCAGGUUGCAUACACUUCAGGUUACAGACUCCACUAACCCAGAAAUAGUGCUUCAGGUUAAGAACUUUGCUUCAGGAUGAGAACAGAAAUCGUGCUCCAGUGGCGUGGCGGCAGCAGGAGGCCCCAUUAGCUAAAGUGGUGCUUCAGGUUAAGAACAGUUUCAGGUUAAGAACGGACCUCCAGAACGAAUUAAGUACUUAACCCGAGGUACCACUGUAUAGGAUUAUGUAGCAGUUACAGUCCUGCUGUCUAAACUCUACAGGGAUUCAUAUGUAUUUUGUAACUGGGUUAGGAACUGGGAAGGUGGGACUGUGAGCUAAUAAUAAUAAUAAUAAUACCUUUAUUGUCAAUGUACAACCUGUGUACAAUGAAAUUAACCGAGCCUCCCCCCCGAAAACACUCAAUCUCAUUGCAUUCUGUGUGCUUGUCGCACAACAGAGCAACCCCGAAAGUCAGUUGCACUGGAUGCUGUUACGGUUCCCCACACACACAGAGAGACGGCAGAGAUAUGUACUUGGACAGCUCAAGUGGUGGUGGUCUAACUAGACAGAUUUCAUCAUCUUCACAGCAGAUCAUCUCCUCUUGUGGUUCGGUCUAUGAGCCUCCGCGGGCAGCAUGGGGGUUAAUGGGCCGUGCAGAGUGGUGCUUGCCAUCCUUAUUUCAUAAGUCUGUGUCUGUGCCCAGGGGUCAUUCGGCACAUUAGCCGAGUGCCCAUAAAGCACACACACACAAUGCAGCUCGCGCACGGACCCUAAAUGGUACAUAUUGGUUUCAUGGUUCCUUCCAAGUAUCAGAGAGAUGGGGGGGGGGUUGGAUGGCUUUACAGAUCUCUCUCCUUUUCCUGGAGUGUAGGGCUGGGGCAGAGGGGAGUAGAGUUUGAGGGUCCACAACAGGGAAAUCUUGCAUGUUUCUAAUAAGAACCAGGCAUUGUGUGGGAUGCAUCGCAGAUGAUGCCGCUUACCAAUAUAACACAGCAAGUAUUCGCUCCCGUCUUUCUCCCGCUCUGUCUCAUCUCUGUCACUUCAACACCCGUUAAUAGUUGGUCUCCUUCCACUUGCUGGGGGCGAAGAAUGGAAUUUUCAGAUACUGAGUGAUUGACAGCUUGCUGCAUUGCAUCCCCUGAAGCCUAUUUCACGGCCCCAUACAUAGGAUGCGCUCAGUCAAAUUUCAUUCGCUUUUCUGCAUAAGAGUCCCAUAACCUUAGACCAUGGGUAGGCAAAUUAAGGCCCAGGGGCUGGAUCCGGCCCAAUCACCUUCUAAAUCUGGCCUGCUGAUCUGGGAAUCAACGUGUUUUUACAUGAGUAGAAUGUGUCCUUUUAUUUAAAAUGCAUCUCUGGAUUAUUUUGGGGGCAUAGGAAUUCGUUCAUUCCCACCCCCCCAAAAAAUAUAGUCCAGCCCCCCACAAGGUCUGAGGGACAGUGGACCAGCCCCCUGCUGAAAAUGUCUGCUGACCCCUGCCUUAGACGAUGGUCUAUAUAGUAUGCAGUUUCAUACUAACCCAGUGUGGUGUGGUGGUUAAGAGCAGUAGUCUCGUAAUCUGGGGACCUGGGUUCGCGUCUCCGCUCCUCCACAUGCAGCUGCUGGGUGACCUUGGGCCAGUCACACUUCUCUGAAGUCUCUCAGCCUCACUCACCUCACAGAGUGUUUGUUGUGGGGGAGGAAGGGAAAGGAGAAUGUUAGCCGCUUUGAGACUCCCUAGGGUAGUGAUAAAGUGGGAUAUCAAAUCCAAACUCUUCUUCUUCUUCUUCAGCUGCAAGCCUUUUCCUUUUCACUGUGUUAAUUGCACACUGGGUCAAAGGGGGUGUGUUCAAGAGCAUCAUCCACCAAAUGGUUUUCACUGUAAAGAGACAGUGUGGUAUACUGGCUAGAGUGUCAGACCAGGAGCUGGGAGAGACCAGGGUUCAAAUCCUCACAUGGCUCUGGCGCUCGCUGGGUGACCUUGACCCAGACACUGGCUCUCAGCCUGUCCUACAUCACAGGGUUGUUGUGAACAUUAAAUGAGGAGGAUUGGGGGUGGGGGAACCAUGCACGUUUCUUUGAGGUCCUUGGAGGAAAAGGUGACGUAUAAAUGCAAUCGGUGAAUGUUUGCUGCAGAAGCCCAGCUGUGUCCCAGAGCUUUCCCAUAACAAAAUUCUGCAACAGAAACCUGUGAAAAAUGGGUUGUGGGUGCAGCUGGCAUAUGAAUGCUUUCUAGAAACCCCUUCCAGCGCCACCACGCCAAUCCUGGCCCAUCAUCAAGCACUGGAAGACUGUGCAACACAUUUGCACCCUGAAUAGGGAGCUGGGAAGCUGCCUUACAAUGAAUCAGAUGAGAGCCAGUGUGGUGUAGUGGUUAAGAGCGGUAGACUCGUAAUCUGGGGAACCGGGUUCGCUUCCCCGCUCCUCCACAUGCAGCUGCUGGGUGACCUUGGGCCAGUCACCCUUCUCUGAAGUCUCUCAGCCCCACUCACUUCACAGAGUGUUUGUUGUGGGGGAGGAAGGGAAAGGAGAAUGUUAGCCGCUUUGAGACUCCUUCAGGUAGUGAUAAAGCGGGAUAUCAAAUCAAAACUCUUCUUAUUCUUCAGUCCACCCAGCUCAGUGCUGUCUGAACUGACUGGCAGCAACCCUCCAGAGCUUCAUGCCCCCAGCCUUGCCUGAGGAAGAUGCCAUGUCUUGAACCUGGAACCUUCUGCAUGCAAAGCAGGUGCUGUCCCCCUGAGCUACGUCCAUUUUGGCACUCGCUGCCCAACAGCUUGGCUGUUUCUCAUUGAGGGCAGCCAGUUCCCUACCCGGGUCCUGAAUUAGGUCAAGAAAGCCGGUCCACUCGUCACAUGGCCUUUCAGUCACCUGCAGGCUGGUCUUUUUUUCUGGAACGGAAAGGUAUUGAACGGUGACCUUGGCUGCGCGAGAACAAGAGCGCAACACUUUUGUGCAGAAACGUUGGCCCCCCUCCAUCUCUCACAAAGUGCUGCCUCGUUCGAAGGAUUAAGGAAGAAGAAAAGUCAUUACUGUCAAGAAUGUAUAACUUGUUGUUGAAAUGGAAUACUCAGGAUGAAACCGUGAAAUCUGCUAUGAUUAAAUGGGCACAAGAUCUAGGAUAUAAUAUUAUGUUUGCUGACUGGGAACAGUUGUGGACCACAGGUAUGAAAUUUACGGCAUGUAAUGCCCUAAGAGAGAAUAUUAUGAAAAUGAUAUACAGGUGGUACAUGACACCAGUCAAGCUUGCAAAAAUUUACCAUGCGCCCGAUAACAAAUGUUGGAAAUGUAAAGAAAAUGAAGGUACUUUCUUUCACCUUUGGUGGACGUGCCCAAAGAUUAAGGCUUUCUGGGAAAUGAUAUAUAAUGAAUUGAAAAAGGUAUUUAAAUAUACCUUCUUGAAGAAACCAGAGGCCUUUCUCCUGGGCAUAGUCGGCCAAUUGGUGCCAAAGAGGGACAGAACUUUCUUUAUGUAUGCCACAACAGCAGCAAGAAUACUUAUUGCAAAGUAUUGGAAGACACAAGACCUACCCACCUUGGAAGAAUGGCAGAUGAAGGUGAUGGACUAUAUGGAAUUGGCGGAAAUGACUGGCAGAAUCCGAGACCAGGGAGAAGAGUCGAUGGAGGAAGAUUGGAAAAAGUUCAAAGAUUAUCUACAGAAAUAUUGUAAAAUUAAUGAAUGCUAGAAUGAUGUUGGAUAGAAACUAAGUGGUCUUUAGCUGAAAGGUUACAAGGGAAUAUGAAAAAAGGGUUUAUUAAUAUGUAAAAAUCUAAAAUUACAAUAUUUUUGUGAUUAAUGACUAGGAUACAUAAAGAGGGGAGGGAUUUGCUGAACGAAAUAACUGAACUGGAAUACAAAAAAGGAAGGUGUGAGGAGGUCCUGGAAAUAAGCAAAUGAAGGUCAAGCAAUGAAAGGAAUGAAUUGUUUUUAAAUAUUUUUACUUUGUAUUUUUUCUUUUUUUGUGCGCUUUGUAAAAUCUUGAAAACCUUAAUAAAUAUCUUAUUAAAAAAAAGAAAAGAAAAGUCAUUACUGAUGAAAUCUCUGCGCAUGUAAUUGUUUUGGUUAAAUUAAAACUCUGCUUAUUCCUUCCCUCCCCAGGCCCCCCCCCCUCGCCAGCCUCUGCACACCUUUCUGCCUUUGCCUUGUGCUGUUUCUGUCAUGCUCAGUUGCGCAACGUGAAAGGCAAGGAAUCGACUGGUGUCCUAAAUGGGGAAGAGGCAGGCGCUCAAAUGCAGCCAUCGUUAACCCUUGUUUAGCAACCUGGAUGUUCUUUUCGACAAGAGAACAGCCCAGGCCAGUCUUAAAAAAAAACAAAACAAGUCGGGCUCCAAGCCAGAUCAUUUCAUGGCCCGUGCAAAGGAUUAUAUACCGUUUUCAUUUUGGAUUAGCCUGGAAUAUUAACUGCAGUGUCCCUGUUCCAUGCUUGCAGCGCUGCAACCGUCAUUGAGCCAGUGCAGAGAGUAGUAGGACAGAGUACUGUUUGGCUUGGUGAGGAAAGGCUUCUCCCCAAAGCCAUGGUGGGGGAACUGGAGUGCUUGGUAUUUUUUAAUUUAUUUAAUCGUUUUUUCAAUACAAACAACAACCACAAAAAACACAUACAACAAAAACCACAAUAACACAAUUUAACAUUUCAGAUUUGAGUACCGAUAUACAGUGGUACCUUGGGUUACAUACGCUUCAGGUUAUAUACACUUCAGGUUACAGACUCCGCUAACCCAGAAAUAAUGCUUCAGGUUAAGAACGUUGCUUCAGGAUGAGAACAGAAAUCGUGCUCUUGUGGCGUGGUGGCAGCAGGAGGUCCCAUUAGCUAAAGUAGUGCUUCAGGUUAAGAACAGUUUCAGGUUAAGAACAGACUUCCGGAACGAAUUAAGUACUUAACCCGAGGUACCACUGUACCUAUGACUACACCUUUUUAACAAUAUUUCCCCACCUCUCAUCCCCCUACUUCCCACCACCGUCCGCCUUAUCGCUUAAAUAUUCCUUCCAGAUUUCUUCAUAUUUAUGCAUUCUUAAUUUGCGUCAACAUGCAAUUUGUUCGUAUGUGGCUAGUCCUUAUUGUCAAUCCAUGUGCUCAAUGGAAUCUUUUUGCGGCUCUUCCAAUUCAUCAGAACAAGUUUCUUUGCUUCUAAUAUGGCACGGUGCAGCCAUUUUUUUUGACGAACUGGAGUGCUUGGUACGAAAUGAGACGAUUGGAAUAGUGGGCAUAUCGGGAACCUGGCAGAACACAGAAUAAGUUUAGUACAGGAUUAUCCAAAGGAGAAAGUGGUUUAAUAAUGGGCGAUAGCAACUAUCUUGCCACAUGGAACACAUAUUUUUGAGAUAGCAACUAACUCUGUCACAUCGCUUGGAUAAAUAUACACAGCUUUUCCAGAUACACAGCUUUUCCAGAUAGUUUAAAUGACUGCUACUGUGGACCAUCUGGCUAAGGAAAUUAUUAGAUAACCUAAGGAGAGUUUUGCCCACAUAGCAGUCUGCUCCCACGGUGGCCAACUUGAUGCGUCUGGGAGGCCUACCCCCCCUCCCCAAAAAAAGAAAUUGGGGGGUGUGGCAUUCUACCUCUCCAAAUUCCCAGAAACUGAUAUUCAACGAAGUAUACAGCCUCUGACCCUGGGUGCAGUACAGUGGCACCUUGGUUCUAAAAUUUAAUCCGUUCCGGAAGACGUUCCAAAACCAAGGCACACUUUCCCAUAGAAAGUAAUGCAAACUGGAUUAAUCCGUUCCAGACUUUUAAAAACAACCCUAAAACAGCAAUUUAACAUGAAUUUCACUAUCUAACGAGACCAUUGAUCCAUAAAAUGAAACCAAUAAUCAAUGUACUAUACUAUAAAUAAAACAGUAUUGUAGAUUAUAAAAAUUAAUAUAUUUUUUCUUACCUGCACUGAUGAUAGUCAUUGUUUGGAUGGGGGGGCUUUUAUCCAUUUCCACAGUCAAUCAAUCAAUCAAUCAAUCAAUCAAUCAAUCAAUCAGUAGCUGAACUGUGAGCCACACAAUCACAAAAACAAAUUAACUGAAAAAGCCUCAAAACAAAAAAUGCAAAAUAAAUAGCAAAAACAAAAGCACCAAAUAUAAACUCCAAAUAUCACCUCAGAACACUGCAAUCAGAAACGGAAAGCUUGAAUUACAAUGGGGGGGGGGGACUCAAAUUAGCAGCACAACAGGAAACACGGGGGGACUCAAAAUGGAGCACAUUCGGCUUCUGAAAAGAAGUUCGAUAACCAGAACACCUACUUCUGGUUUUGCAGCGUUCAGGUUCCAAGUUGUUCUUGGACUAAGCUGUUCGAAAACCGAGGUGCCACUGUGUUGAUAUUAUGAGCUAUCUUUCAAGGGCUGUCCCAUGGAAGAUGGAGCAAGCUUGUUUUCUCCAGCUCUGGAGGGUAGGACUCGAACCAAUGGCUUCAUGUUACAAUAAAGGAGAUUCUGAACUAAACGUCAGGAAUAACUUUCUGGCAGUAAGAGCUGUUUGACAGUGAAAUGGACUCCCUUGGGAGGUUGUGGACUCUCUUUCUCUGGAGGUUUUAAAGCAAAUGUUGGAUGGCCACCUAUUGGGGAUGCUUUAGCUGAGAUUCCUACACCGCAGGGGGUUGGACUAGAUGACCCUCAGCGGACCCUUCUGACCCUACGAUUCUGUGAAAUGUUUAAUACAGUACAGACACUCAGUUUGUUCAGGAGACCUAUGUACCUUUUACAGUGCUUUGCUUUCAGAAUUCGUUGUACAUGGCACGGCUUCUUUACCAAUUCAUGAGAGGUAAAUCACUACUAAGGGGGGGAAAACUCCCUCAGGUAAUUAGUAGGCCUGUCACUAAAGAAAACUUAGUUGAUUAAUCUUAUAAGUUGCAGCUGAUUAACUGAUUAAUCAAAAUAUUUCUGAAUUUGCAUAUGGGGGGAACCAAAACUAAUGAAACAAAGCAUACUUCUUUUGCUUCCAAAUGGGGUGUGUGUGUGUGUGUGUGUGUGUGUGUUUGCGCAUGCAUCACGAAGACAUCUGAAGGCAACCCUGUUUAGGGAAGUUUUAAAUGUUUGACGUUUUACCGGGUUUUUAAUAUUCUGUUGGGAGCCACCCAGAGAGGCUGGGGAAACCCAGCCAGAUGGGCAGGGCAUAAGUAAUAAAUUAUUAUUAUUAUUAUUAUUAUUAUUAUUAUUAUUAUUAUUUCUUCGUAGAAGCAGCACCUCCACCCCUUUCUCAUACAAUACAAAUAAAACGCCUCCGAUAAGAAUUGCCUUUCAACUCAUGCCUUGCCAUUUUCUCUCUUAAAUACCUGCCAGCUAAGAUUCCACUUCAUGGAUCUGACAAAGGGAUCUUGAAUCCCUGAAAGCUUAUGCCACGAUGAAUUUCUUAGCUUUUAAGGUGCCACCAGAUCCUUUGUACUUGCUGCUGCAAGAGACUUAACGCUAACAAAGAUGCUUGUUUGAGACUAACGAGAGACUAAUUUCCUCUCUGGAAAUGCUAAUAAGACAGGGUUUGUUUGCCAUCUUCAGUUUUUGUACGCACUUGUAUUUAAAAAUAAAUCAAAAUCCCCUGCUGAUUAUUUGGUCUUUUCUAGUCAAUGAAAUCGCAGCUGAUUAAUUGAAUAUUGCACUCUUAAUAGUUCGGCUCAGUCUGUGGAAACACCGCCUCCUGCACAAUUCCCAGCUCUUUCUAACUUCCCCCUUGCUGGUUCUGCAGUUGCAUUUCUUCAUCUUAAAAGGCACAAGUAGCAAAUAUUCAUCUCUCUAGGGAAAGCUGGCAUUUGACUCACUGGAGAUGUGCUAGUGUCCACCAUCUCUUACCAGCAUCUACCAUAUUUUUCGCUCUAUAACACGCACCAGACCAUAACACGCACAUAGUUUUUAGAGGAGGAAAACAAGAAAAGAAAUAUUCUAAACGAAAUAGUGGAUAUAUGAUUUUUUGUGGUUCAUGCUGUGGCCACAGACAUGUGAUCUGACAGUGAGUUUGGAGUAGCCCAAUGCAAAAAUCCUGAGGAUCCAUGUGGAUCCAUGCUUUGUAACCACGGAGGAGGGAAGGAAGGGGAACCAUGGAUCCUCUGCUCACGACUGCAGCAGAUCCCCCCGCCACCCGCAGGCAUUCGCUCCAUAACACGCACAGACAUUUCCCCUUACUUUCUAGGAGGAAAAAAGUGAGUGUUAUGGUGCAAAAAAUACGGUAAGUGCUGUUUUGUAAAAUAAUAAUAACAACAAUAAUAAUAAUAUCUCACAUCCUUCCAUGUAUUAAUCCCCAUCUUUUCGAUAUUUUAAGAUGAAAUGGAUUUCCCUUUUCUUGCAGGGGGCUCUGUCAGGGUUCCUCUGCAUUGUGAGCUUUGCAGCAUUUCCCUCUCUAAAUUCCAUGGGAUAUAAAACUCCCUUUCCCCAGGGAAAUGAAGAGUAGACAAUCAUCCCUCUCUUUCCUUGGGUCCAGGCGGGCUUUAUUUGCCCAGCCCUCGAGGCAUGUGUGUCACAGUACACUGUCUUGCCUCAUGAGCGGCUGCUGAGCUCGUUAUCCUUGAAGCAGACACAGUUGACAUUGCUUCAUUAGCCUCAUUAGCAGGUUGCUGUGGUGCCAGGCUUUGAAGGCUUUGUAUUAAUUUACAUGCAAACACAUAUUGGGGAGGGUGAGUUGACACUGCGUCCUGGAAUGGGGGAAAGAAGCUGGGGGUAUGCUUUGUUUAACCUUAAAAGCAGAGGCCCUUGCAGUUCUGUGCUAAGGCAUUCGGAAAUUCUGCAACCGCAAAGCCCCUAAUCACACCAUGGUAAGGAGCGAAUGUUACUGUAUGCAUAAUACAGUUCAUUCUUUUUUAAAAAAUGGCAUUCAGAUUUUAUUUUAUUUUACGGUGGUACCUUGGGUUACAGACGUGAACUUCAGGUUACAGACUCCGCUAACCCAGAAAUAGUACCUCGGGUUAAGAACUUUGCUUCAGGAUGAGAACAGAAAUCGCAUGGCGGCAGUGGGAGGCCCCAUUAGCUAAAGUGGUACCUCAGGUUAAGAACAGUUUCAGGUUAAGAACGGACCUCCAGAACGAAUUGAGUUCUUAACCCGAGGUAUCACUGUAUUUUUGUAAAUGGCUGGAGCAGGGAGUGCUGGGACUUAACAGAAAAUCAUGAUGUGGAUGAGUGUACAAGAAGAGGAGAGGAACUCAGAGCAUUGAUAAAGUACAGUACAGUCGCACCUCGGAAGUCGAACAGAAUCCGUUUCGGAAGUCCGUUCGACUUCCGAAACGCUCGGGAACAAAAGCACGGCUUCUGAUAGGAUGCUCCUGCAGCCAACUGGAAGCCGCAGAAGCCCUGUCAGAUGUUCAGCUUCCAAAAGAACGUUUGAAAACUGGAACACUCACUUCCAGUUUUCGAUUGUUCGGGAGCCGGAACAUUCGACUCCCAAGGUGUUCUGGUGCCAAGGUACGACUGUGGGAAAUCCCAUUCUAAAGUCUCAGUGGUUUUCCAGGGCUGCAAUCCUAUGCAUACUUUUUUAUAAAGCCCUACAUGGCUUGCGUCCAAGCUAUUUAAAAUACUAGAUUUCCCUCAUACAAACCUGCCUGAGAUCUUUGGGGAGGCCCUUCCCUUGGUCCCACCACCCUUACAGGGUGGGGAUGCAGGACAGGGCCUUCUCAGUGGCUGCUCCCAGACUGCAGUACUCCUUCCCUAGUGAAGCUAGACUGGUUCCCUCCAUGUUGUUCUUCCACCGACAAGUCAAGAUUAUUUUUGUUCCAACAGGAUUUUGGGAACCGACUGCUUUUAAUUAAAGGGCUGAUGCCAGGCUGUUUUUAUAGAAAUUAUUUGUUAUGUUAUAAAUAUAUGAUGAUGGUGAUGAUAAUUGGGAGUAAACCCUACUAAAUAUGAACAAGAUUGCAGCCUUUUUUCUUUUCUUUUCUUUUUAAAGUAAUAGACAAGUUUGUUUGGUCUUAUCUCCUCAGCCAUUACCUACCACUUAAUUGGUUUUUUGCAUCCUUUAAAUAUGCAAAUUAUUUCACAAUCCUUUUCUCAUCUGGGGGUUACCAGAUUUUCAACUGGCCAGUGUGCAGUUAACAGUUGCUUGGUGUGCAGACAGACACACUGUGAAAAAUUAUGCCUGCUGGUUUCUGCACCUCGUUGUUGCUGUUAAAAGAAAGCAGGAGAGGAGGUUAGAACAUGUUAUCCUAAAACAACAGCCCUGCAAGACAGAUCAUGUGUGUUUAUUUAAAGAGACAUGCAUGCAGGUAUGUUUCCUAUGCCCAUGGAGCAAAUUUCAGCUUUAGAGAGAUAAUUUAAGCGAGGAGAAUAAAGAUAAAGGUACCCCUGACCAUUAGGUCCAGUCGUGGCCGACUCUGGGGUUGCGGCGCUCAUCUCGCUUUAUUGGCUGAGGGAGCCGGCAUACAGCUUCCGGGUCAUGUGGCCAGCAUGACUAAGCCGCUUCUGGCGAACCAGAGCAGCGCACGGAAACGCCGUUUACCUUCCCGCUGGAGCGGUACCGUACUGAAGAGCAAAAAGGUUUCUCCGGAACUUCAGGUGCAUUCUGGUUCCCCUCUCCCUUGGGCCGCUAUAAUUUAUUUCUUUUCAAAAAUGAGAUUCUGAUCCAUCACAUCUAGCAGCUUGUGCCCUUCUGCAUUGUUCAGGCAGGAAGUGCAAGCUGCGAGAGUCUUUUCUUCCUCAAGGCCAUCUUGUAAAUUCAUGGCUGAGCAAGGAUUUGAGUCCGUUUCGAUCUCCCAACUUACUGGACCAUAAGGAAGAGACUGCCUCUUCGUCUCUGGAUUCUUCACACUCUGCUUGAGAGAGGUCCCCACGUUCCAAGCUUAUUCUCGGGUUUUGCUGUCCCAAACAAUUUUUGGUGGCUCUGUGCCCCCCUGGUCUAGAAGGAACCCCACGCAGUGGCUCUGUGCAAGCUGGUCCAUUAGGCCUCUGCGCUCCAACCUCUGUCUGCCCUCAGCCAGCCGCUACCUGCCUGGCUGUAGGCCUUCUCUUUCAUUAAUCUCAGCUUCGCCCAUGGUUGGGGCAGAGCCCUACGCGUGCCAAGGGGCCAGCCCCUGUCACUGCUUUCUUUUGUGACCUUACGUAAUUUCCUCUCAUCAAUUCCAGUAGGUUUCUCACCUUUCCUUUCUCUUGGGAUGCUUAAGAAAGCGCUGCUCCCCUUGACUCAUUCUCCCCCCAAUUAAAAAAAAUCCCGAUAAAAUAUUAGCUGCACAAAAGCUCCUUUUUGGGUUUGGAGGAGUGAGACUCAUCCCUUGUCCCUGACACUCCCAGCAUCUUACAGCACCUCUGUAAUGAGUCACGCGAGCGAGACACACACAAACACCCCACCUUCCACGCUGCCGCUGUUGACGGAUGGGUCUGUUAGCGGCUGUGGCCCACGUCCCCUCCUGCCAGCUCCGUGGAGAUUUAUGCCUUUAAUAUCCCCAGCCGUACAAGGGUUCUCACAGCAGUGAAGCAGCCCCCAGGACAAGUCAGCGUGCGGAAGGGACUUCGUGCACCAAGAGUCUUAGUUAACAGCCUGAAAUGCAGCAGACAGUGGCUGGGAGACGGGGGGGGAGGAGAAGGGAACGAGGCUUGCUUCACAGUCAACCUUUUUCCUGUGUGGAUAUUCUUUGGGUAGUAAGGGGAAAGUGUCUUAUGUCCUUAUGUGUAAUGAGCGCAUGCAUGUGCAGUGAAACAUGCGCACAGGUAUGUGUGUUAAGAGAGGGGGAAGGCUGUAGCUCAGUAGCGGAUUUGUUCAGCUUGUUUACAGACAAUCUGGGGUUCAAUCUCUGCCAUCUCUAGUUGUUGGUAUGUUUUUUCCUUGAGGAUUAGCUAGCAGGUCAUGGGAAAGACCUCCCAUGUUUUGUAAGAUCCUGCACACCUGCCGCCAUCCAGAAUAGGCAGCGCUAAGCUACGUAGACAGAUAACCUGAUGAUACAAGUAAAAAAACUCCUUUUUCCUUAUGAGGUACCCAAGAGCCCAUACAGAGUCCUUUUGUAGGUUCUCUAUCAGUAGGAGAAAAUAACAGCGACCAACCAGAGAAUAUUGAGAAGCGAAGCAGCUAGUAAGCCUCAUCUUUAUUAACUGUUGCAACAGGGUGCUCCCCGACAUAUAGACAUUUUAAAUUGCCCGCCCUGGAGUCCAAGACCACCCCAGAAACAUCAUACAUACAUCACAGAAGGGGUGUAGCCCAAGACCACCCCCCAGAUACAUCAUACCUACAUCACAGAAAAGGCGGUCUACAACAGAAAUCUGAGUGCGUUGUUUAUCUCCUGUCUGGCAAGUUACCUGAUUGCAUUAUCUGGAUUUUGGCCACUCUUUUGUUAUUAUAACUACUUAAUUCCUGAAUCUAGGUCACAGGCUCACACCAUAUCUUGAAUGUGCCCUUAAGAUUUGUAAGGACAGGAUUUGUGAGGAAAGAGACAAUGGGGAGGUUUUCCACUUUGACCUUGCAGGGAAAUAUUUGAGGUCAAUUUGUUCAAGACCUUUUCUGUGGGGUUUCAGACAUGUGGUUUAUAUAUACAGUUAUGAACAUUUUUUUUUUUAUACGUGACCUUAAAAUUCUUAUAACACUGAUCUUGUACAAGGUUGCUUCCCUAUGUACACAUGUCCACACACAAGCUUUUUUUUCCUACAUGGAAGCAAUAGUCGUGUCAGGAAAAAAACAUCAUGUAUGAAGCUACCUAAUAGUACUGCCACUAUCCUGCAGUCACAGCUUUUCACUCCCCAUCUAGCUCUUGCCUAAGACAUGGCCACACUGAGCCAAACCAGUAGCCCACCCAGUUAAUAUGGACAAAUGAAGCUGUUCUUAAACCAGUGGACCAACUCUGUAUAUCUGGUCAGGGUGUGCAUCAGAUUUGGACAAAUCUUGAGCUGAGACAGGGUGCUUCGAGGGGUUUAGGGGCAGGAUUGAUAGCGGGUUUUCCCAAUCUUGGGUCUCCCGCUGUUUUCGGACUACAACUCCCAUCAUCCCUAGCUAUCAGAACCAGUAGUCAGGAUUAAUGGGAAUUGUAGUCCAAAACACCUUGGCACCCAUGGUUGUAAACCCUGAUCUAUAUGAAGCUGCAUGGGAAGGUGGCGCUGUGGGUUAAACCACAGAGCCUAGGACUUGCCGAUCAGAAGGCCGGCGGUUCGAAUCCCUGCGAUGGGGUGAACUCCCAUUGCUUGGUCCCUGUGCCUACUCACCUAGCAGUUCGAAAGCACAUCAAAGUGCAAGUAGAAAAGUAGGUACCACUCUGGCGGGAAGGUAAACGGCGUUUCUGUGCGCUGCUCUAGUUCGCCAGAAGCGGCUUAGUCAUGCUGGCCACAUGACCCGGAAGCUGUACGCUGGCUCCUUCGGCCAAUAAAGUGAGAUGAGCGCCGCAACCCCAGAGUCGGCCACGACUGGACCUAAUGGUCAGGGGUCCCUUUACCUUUAUCUUUAUAUGAAGCUGCAUGAGUUGAAGCAGGGUCCCCUGAAGUGCUUCAUUGUGUCUUGAUGAUUCAGUGGUGGUGGUGGUGGUGAGCUUUGCAGAAACCAAAAGUCAUUUCUCUAGCUUAAGGAAAAUGCCAGACUGAGGCAAGGGGGGUGGGGGUGAAAUGUUCUCCUUUGCAUCUGACAGGUAUAGCUUGUAAUCAGAUGUAUUUAUUUCGCAAGUGCUCUCCAACCCCAAUGCUUUGGGGAAAGGAGCAUCUUUGCAAGAGCAGAACUUGCAUCUCUAAGUCAUUGGCAUGGGUGGAGAGCUGCUUCACAACUGACAGACCUAGCUCAUGAUCAGAGCGAAUGGUUUUACCCAGGAAGCAAAUCCCUUUUAGUUCUUCCCACCCCAAAAUCAAUGGUAAAGGCACUUAGCACAAAAGUCCCUGGGGCUAUUUGACUGCAGUUUGGCAGAUUUCUUAUCCAGAGGGGCACCUCUCACUAAUGCCUGUAAAUUUCAUUUUAAUUCUUUACAAAACACGUGGGAAGUUUAAGUGAUUCCUUUUUCACCCUAAAACUGUAAAAGCUGCCCUUGCAGGAAAAUCACUGUACCUAUCUAUCUGAAAUUUGGCGGUAUCUGCUCUCAAAAGUGGCAACCUUGCCUGCAAAGGUUAUGUAAUUGAAAUACUUUAUUGUCACUUGUACAACUUGUAUACAGUGAGAUUACACGAGCACCCCUCCACUCUGCUCUCUUAGUCUUAAUUCCCCUCGUUUACUGACGCACACCCACCAAACCCAAAAGUCAGUUGCCCUGUUGUUAUCUUUUCAUUCAGCAGCCUAACAGCCCACGGAUAGAAGCUGUUCUUUACCCUGUUGGUGUGACUAAUCACGCUUCUAUAUCUUCUGCCCGAGGGCAGGAGAUCAAGAAAGUGCCGGCCAGGGUGUGAAUCAUCCCUGAGAAUUUUCCUCACUCUCCUGAGGCAACCUUCUUCCGCAAUGUCAUCCAGUGGAUUCAUGGGACAGCCCAUAAUAUCUUGUGUUGUAUUCACCACCCUCUGUAGGCACUUCCUAUCAGUUGAUGUCAAACUAGCGUACCACACCGUGAUGCAGUAUGAAAGGACACUUUCUAUUGUGGACCAAUAGAAGGAGAUGACCAAAUGUUGAUUGACAUCAUUCUUUGAGGAGAUGGAGUCUCUGUUGGGCUUUCUUAACCACCUAGGUUGUAUAGCUUUUCCAAGUAAGGUAUUCACUGAGAUAAACUCCUAGGAAUUUAAAGGAAGAGACUCUCUCCACACAGCCCAUACAUACAUACAUACAUACAUAAAUUCUGCCCAUAAAUAAAUAUUGAAGUGUUGUUUUUCCCCCUUAGUCUUUUAUUUUCUUCCAAAAGGUGUCUUGCACAAUAGCCCCUGGGCCUAUAUGUCUGAAAUUUGGCAGGCUUUAUCCACUUUGUAGGCACUAGUGUGCCUACAAAUUUUAUCCACUUCUGCUGAAAGGGGAGGGAGUUAAAGCCUUUUUUUAAAAAAAAAAUCCAAAUAGUGAAUUAAGGGUGGAUUGGGGGAGAGAAACUAACAGGAUUUGUACAGACUCAGAACAAAAUCAGACAGCCUACAAAGCAAGGUGAGCUGUUUCCCCAAGGCACUAAAUCAUGGUCCGAACUGAAUCUAGUGGAUGGUGCACACUCCUACUAUUUUAGCCUGGUGCUGCCUAUUCUGCAUGGUAACCUGACAACUGCGUUUUGUGGUAACCAAAGUUUCUGAGAAGUCUUCAAAGGCAGCUCUGCAUACAGUAGUCCAUUGUCAGUAGUUCAGUCUAGAGAUGACCAUGGUGUAGAUAGAUGUGGCCAGGCCAAAGCUAUCUUAUGCAAGCAGCCAUUACAAGACUGCAGUAAUGGGAACUUUGCUAAAUAGCAGCAAAAGUCAAAAUGAAAACAUCAAGAGGGAAAUUAUGCAAAUUGUGAAUGUAGGUGUGGAUUCAUUAGAUGGCCCUGCCACCCGGUUAAUUAGGUGGCCCAUAGCUGUCAAUUAAAUCAAGGAUUAUGCCCAUGUGUAUCUAUCAAAGUAGCCUCUGAAUGUUUAUGAUGCAGUAUAUUUGUUAGGUUUUAAGGUGCUACAGGGUUUCUUGUUUUUGCCCUCUAGCCUUCAGGUCAUCAAUCCCACUGUGGAAUAAGGUUCUUUGUAUAGAGCAGGGUGCAGCCCUUCUUCCUUCCUCACUUCUGCCCCCAUCUUGAAAAGCCUGCCGCUGACUCCUGCACAUCUGAGCAUUCAGAGCCUGUUCUGCUUGGUUAUUGUGGUAACUACCUUCUGAUGCAUAUGGGACGCGGGUGGCGCUGUGGUCUAAACCACAGAGCCUAGGGCUUGCCGAUCAGAGGGUCGGCGGUUCAAAUCCCCGCGACGGGGUGAGCUCCCGUAGUUCGGUCCCUGCUCCUGCCAACCUAGCAGUUCGAAAGCACGUCAAAGUGCAAGUAGAUAAAUAGGUACCUCUCAGGCGGGAAGGUAAACGGCGUUUCCGUGCGCUGCUCUGGUUCGCCAGAACAGGCUUAGUCAUGCUGGCCACAUGACCCAGAAGCCGUACGCCGGCUUCCUCGGCCAAUAAAGCGAGAUGAGUGCCGCAAACCCCAGAGUCAUCCGCGACUAGACCUAACGGUCAGGGAUCCCUUUACCUUUUACCUUCUGAUGCAGUACAUGCCACCUGGACCCAGUCCAGCAGGUCACCCAAGCCUAGUGUUCCACCAGUAGGUGCCUUCCUCACUAUCCCCUGUCCCUUGGUGUGGAAGUGCCCUUUAAUGGCACAGGGACAAGAGCUUGAGCUAAGGUGCUAGCACCGCCCCCGAUGAUGCCCAGAGAUGGGCCCCCGAUGAUGCCCAGAGAUGGGACCCAGCUGUGGCUUGAGUACUCCAGUUGUGCCUUCUGUUGGCAUCAGCAGUUCUCUUCAUUCCCAGGUGCUUAAUACCAUCGCACAGAACUGGAGGCUGUUGGUGGAUUUGAUCCCAGCCCCCACUACAGAUUUAGGAAAAACCAAUCCUGGGUGAAUCCACGUUUCGUUAGCUUUGCUUUCGGUCAAGGGGAGGGGAUUUCUGCCUGCCUCUUUGGAAUUUUAUAAUGCCGGGAGGUAAGCGCUGCUUGCAGCCUUUAUUGGAGUUGGCCUGGCAUAGCUUGCAGCCCUUGCCCCAGGCUUCUUGGGAGCCUUCUGCAGAAUUAUACCUGGAUCAAAAUUUAUGCCUUGCGCAGCCAUUUUAUGAGCCAAAUCUGCUUUGAUCCUCUUGAGUUUGGUUGCCAGUUUCCAGCAGUGCACCCUUCUCCCCUGACGAUGCUGGUUAAACACCUUCCUCGUCUGCACGAUUUCAGAGUGUGGCAAUUUCAUUCUCAUUCCUUCCGAGUGUGCCGUGCUCUGCCUGCAGCCCCUCCGCCCUUGUCUAGCAGUGCACUUUACACAGCUUGCAAAAUCGGGAUGCCUUGCAUCUUGGUUUCUCCUGCAGCUUUUAUCUUUUGAAUAGGAUCUUAAUCUUCCUGCCACUCCAAGGUUCGCAGCAGUGCCAUUUUUAUUAUUAUUUUGCCUCUCCAUUGUCUGCAGAGCAUCUGCGAUGUUGUUCCAUUUUCAAAUCCAGCUUUCUAACAAUUUCUCUCUGCAUCAGUUCAUAUGUUCCAUAUGCUUUCACACUGCCACAGUUCUUUCCCGUUAUUGAAAGGUGAAAUAAAAUGCUAUUGAAGCGUGCAGGAGAAAGGCUGUAGCUCGUUGGAUAGAGCAUCCGCCUUGCAUGUAAACGCUCCCAGGCUCAGUCCCCAGCGUCUCCAGGUAGGGGCUGGGAGACCAACCUGCCUGAAGCCCUGGAGAGCUGCUGCCAGUCUGUGUAGACAGUACUGAGCUAGAUGGAGCAUUGGUCUGACUUGGUAUACAGCACAACAGCUUCCUAUGUUCUUGUCUGCAGGCAGUACUGCUGGGCAUCAUGCUAAUUACACUGAUUACCUGGGGCCUGCUGGGAAAUGGACCUUAAUCCACCCUUCACGCAGGACAACUUUUCUUCCAGUUGGUUGGAGGGCAAGAGACUCUAGUCCAGGGCUGCACACUAAGCCUGUGCCAAAGCUGUGAAUUAAAAAAACACAAAUAACUACUCUAUCAGAAUGAGCAGGGAUUCUUCCAGUGGAAAUCUGGGACCUUAUUGCCACUGGCCGCCAUUGAAUCAAUUGCUAUGUAUUGUGGGGAACUGGUUGAGUUUUCACACGUCAGGCAGACAGCAUCAAGGCCAAAACGGAACAGAUAGCCUUUGAAUGAAGCAAAGAGCCCAGCCUGAAGAAGGUUAGUCAAACAGAGUGGCCCUGCCUUUCGGGACAUGAUGAUGAGCAGAACGCUUCUGAGUCAGGCUACAUAAGGCUCCCAGUUCAUCAGGGCCUGGACAGUGCCACAAAUUGGCAGAGGAAGGAUGAAAAGAAGGUGUGUAGUAUAAAAGAAAAAUAGCAAAUUAUUCAGUUAUGGUGUGAUCUGCCCAACUUUUUCCUGGCAUCACAGCUGAAACAGAAGCAUGAAUACCUUCUAAGCAAGUGCUGGUCCAGCCAUCAGCCUGGCCUCUUUACCUUCAUUCCAUGACAAAUGAAUGUCGUCAUCCCCACCAAUUCAUUAUUUGCCUUAUUAAUGGAAAGGAAAGGCUUUUUCCUAAUGUGUAAAACUGCUGGGGGUAGGGAAUGGGGGAGUGACGAGGCUUCAGCAUGGGGAGCAGUUACUUAGCAUACAUAGUCAUAUCCUGCUUUAAAUAUGCAGAAUUGUCCCUUGAGUUUAGCACUGGAGAGGUAAAGGUGUACUUCAGUUUAAGGCAACGAGGGCUUAUCCAUACUUUACCUUUCCUCCACUUUUUCCAGGCACGGUCCACACUUAAAAGCUGAGUGAGCGUUUUUCUGUUGCUCCAGAACUUUCCCCACAAAAAAACCACUCUUUAAAGCUCAAUCGGAGCAAACAGCAAUCCACAGAAAACCCAAAUUGACAUUUGUUCCAAUUGAGCACUAAAGAGCAGAUUUUUGCAGGGAGAGCUCCAGGGUUUAACAACAACAACGAGCGCUCAGACACUCAGCUUUUAAGUGCAGACCCGUGCCUAGGAAGAGUGGGGGAAAAGGUAGGUAUGUGUAAAUAAGCUCUCAGCGUGCUUCCCACAGACGCCCACUGCUUUAAAAACACUGCACAUCUUCUAACACACCGGUUUGACUCCAGCCCAGAGACGCACUCAAUUGUCUCUCAAGACAGACGGAUGCCAAUGACUUUGCUUUAAAUUGCCUUCUGUGUCCAAUAACCAGUGGUGUGGUGGAAAAGGAAGACUAGGGGAGAGCAGCGCUCUAGGAAGUUUUUCUGAGCAGGAGUGGUGAUGCCAUCUGCCAGAGCACUGGGGGUAACCACGGGAUCCUCCUUGUUCUGGCAAGUGAAUAAGGCAAUAACAAGACUUUCCAAUUGGGUUGUGGUUCAGAUCAGCAUAGAGGAAAUCAGAGUGUGGAGAAAAAUAUGCAGACGCUGGGUACCCCUUCCUUAUGGUGGGAUUCCAUUGCAUCCUUCGCUGUGGGCUUAAGGGGCUGCAAGUUCCCUGGGGGCAUUGCUCCACUGCAGAAGGCACCUGCAUGGGCUGUGUUCUGUUGCUACGGCCGUGCUUGGAGUUGUGCUCUGGGAUGGAUGUGGGAUGUUCCUUUGCCCUGCAAUGCUUUGCAACGCAGCUCCCUUUUUCUUUGGUUUUUCCUUUCCCCACCGCUACUCCCAUCUCGAUGUGCACAUAUUUCAUAUUGCAGCCAGAUGCUCAAGAGCAGCUGUCAGCAGCCCUAGGCAAAGCAGCUGUGCACAGGACAGUGCCUUCUGCUUUGGGGUCAUUAGGCUGUUUUCCUUUGGCCUGUUCCAGCAGGUCCUUUCCCCCCCUAAUGCAAUUUAAAUAAAAUGCUCAUAGGCUUACUUUCUCCAAUCAUCUACUUCCAGGAUUCAGUUCUUCAGGCAGUAGAAAGUGAUGGAUUGAUUGCAAAGAACAAGUAGACGUUACAUGUGCUUUAACCAGCUUUUAUAGCUUUAUUGCUGGUUUUAAUUAGUUUUUGAGCAUUUUUAAAUAACUGUAUUACAUUGAUAAAUUUAAUGGGGAUUUUUUUUUUUUGUUCAUCACUUUGAAGUUUUAUUAAAAUCAAGCAUUAUAUACACGUUGUUAAAUAAAACAAAAACAGAUGAAGAAGGGAAUGACAAAUGGCAAGAAGACUCAGAUUAGAAAGGAGAUACAGUAUUGAUUAGCGGGGCUGUUCAGAGCAGCCUCUUCAGGGUUAAUUCUUUUGCCGUAGGAGGGGGAGGGGGGAACCAACGUCCAUUUUGCAAAUUGGCAGGCUGGGAAGAAAUAGGAAAAGGAACAGCUGAGGCAGAAUUCUUCCAGGACUGAAUCAAGCCAAGCUCUUGAGUACAAUUCAUGAGCCUACUAGACUGCUUUUGCCAAGUUUAGGAUUGCACUGUUAAUCAGUUUGAAGUGUUUCCAUUAAUCAGCAUGUUCUACUCUGUAUAUCUGAGGAGUUCAUUCCUACACACUGUAGAGAGAAGUUCUGCAUGCACACACACUAUACAUUUAAAAGCACAUUCAAAGCACAUUUACCCCUCAAAGAAUUAUGGGCAUUGUAAUUUGUUAAGGGUUACUGGGAAUUUUAAAUUGGUGAGUGGUAAACUCCAGUGCCCAGAAAUAUUUGGGUGAAAGAAUGUGCUUCAAAUGUGAUUUAAAUGUACACAGCUACCUCUGGGCCUGUAAUUCCAUAAGCUUUGAGUGGGUAACGUGGUCCUCUGAAUGUCAUUGGACUCUUACCUCCUGGCUUCCCAGUCAGCAUGACCAGCAGUCAGGAAAGAUGGAAGUUGCAGUCCAAUGACAUCUGGAACGCCACAGGCUCCCCACAACUGAAUAAAAAGCACCAAAGUUCUUCAAGGCCCUGAAACCCCCUAUCUAAAACUUUCUUAAAAAUAACAAAACUAUGCAGAGAUUCUCAUGAACUUUGCUCAAGUACAUUGACAAUAAUCUGACUUUGAGUAGGAAACUCAUAUGGUAUGAUAUGCACCAUUCUCAAAAUCUGCUCUUUAACAAAUCCUGUGGCUGGAGAAUGUUUGUUGUGGUAGUGAGCUGGUGGAGAGGCAGAGAGGCUUUGAGUCCCGUCCCCCCCACAUCUGUGCAGGAGGGAGGAAAAACCAUGGGGCAAAUAAUAACAAUAACAAUAAUAUUUGUACCCCACCCAUCUGGCUGGGUUAUCCCAGCUACUCUGGGUGGCUUCCAACAGAUAUAAAAACAUAAUAAAAUAGCAAACAUUAACAACUUCCCCAUAUGGGGCUGCCUUCGGAUGUCUUCUAAAAGUCAGAUACAGUGGUACCUCGGGUUACAUACGCUUCAGGUUACAGACUCCGCUAACCCAGAAAUAUUACCUCAGGUUAAGAGCUUUCCUUUAGGAUGAGAACAGAAAUCGUGCUCCGGCGGUGCGGCAGCAGCAGGAGGCCCCAUUAGCUAAAGUGGUGCUUCAGGUUAAGAACAGUUUCCGGUUAAGAACGGACCUCCGGAAUGAAUUAAGUACUUAACCCGAGGUACCACUGUAGUUGUUUAUUUCCUUGACAUCUGAUGGGAGGGUGUUCCACAGGGUGGGCACCACCACCGAGAAGGCCCUCUGCCUGGUUCCCUGUAAUUUCACUUCUCGCAAUGAGGGAACCACCAGAAGGCCCUCGGAGUUGGACCUCAGUGUCCGGGCUGAAUGAUGGGGGUGGAGACGCCCCCUAAGGUUAUACUGGCCCGAGGCCGUUUAGGGCUUUAAUUGUCAGCACCAAGACCUUGAGUCGUGCUCCGAAAUGUACUGGGAGCCGAUGUAGAUCCUUAAGGACUGGUGUUAUAUGGUCCCGGUGGUUGUACAAGUGGCAUUUCCAAAUGUUAGCACGCUGGGGUGUAUUUGUGCUUUGCUGUGCGUGCUUAGUCACCCUUCUCCUGUUCUACAUGACAAGGAAAUCAUAUUCCCCCUCUGGGUCAAUGUCAAAGGCAUUUUAUUGGCAGGAGAAAGAAGACAAGUGUUCCCGGAAUUUAAGGGGUAAAUUCUUUUUUUGCUCUGGAAUAUGUCAACACGAUGCCUGGAACACAGCCAUCCCCAGGGACCUGACCUGAUGGGUGGUUUGUUUUUGGUUUUUUUUAAGUUUUAAAGGUUCCUUUUCCAUCUCUGACUCAGUAACAGGCACCUGCUGUUGGAUAAUGCUAUAUCCAUUGCCUGCUUCUUUCUCCCAGGAUUGCGCAUUAAAAAUAAUUAUUCUCCCAAUCCAUCUAUUUGAGGAAGUUUCUUUCGUGCUUUGGGCGAAUUGUUGCAGGAAGGGUGUGUGUGUGAUACCUGGCUCAGUCAGGACCAGACUAAUGGUGAGGUCUGGAGAUGUCAGGUCUGCUGAAUUAUUAUUAUUCUUUUGUUUAAGGCUGGGCUGUUUGUGCCAAUAUGUAUUGUGGAGAAAGGUGGGAUUAACCCUUUCCCCUCUCACUGUUUUUUCCAUUUAAUCACCCCAGUCCUGAAUUUGUUUCUAUCCUGCAAGUGAAGGGGCAGUGGGGAAUUCUGGUACCUUUAUGCAAUCAGACAGCAUAAUCAGAGAUUCGAGGACAUGAUUUGUGCCUGGCGUUCUCUCUCCUUCCCACUUUCCCGCAUUUAUACAUGCUCAGUUAUUACUAGGUGUGAGCGUGCCUUAAAGUCCACAUAUUUCACUAUAGCAGAGCCAUUUUCUACCGUAGCAGUUCUGUGCCGUUUUAUUGCAGCACACAAAACUGACAGUAGCUUUGAUUCGUCCCCCCCGCCGAUAAUUCAGAAGUUGUCAUUUUAAUUGGCGGCCUCGUGAUUUGAGCGUUUUCGAGAUUUGAUUGCUGGCUUGUUUUGCUUCUUGAGUCACUGGGAGUUGCUUGGCGCCCGGUGGGGAUUAAAUGUAUAUAUGAGUGGAUUGUGUUUUGAUUAGCGCUAGUUUUGUUUUUAAUUAUCUAGCGCAUGGCGGGUGGGAGGGACAGGACACACACACGCCAGGAGUCUUGAGUGCUUCGGUUUAAGAGAAUGUUACAGAUGGAAAGUGUCCGUCCCCCCCUUGUUUAUUUAUUAGAUGUCUCACCUGCCCUUCAUCACAAGGUCUCUGGGCAAGAUACAGCAACGGAAUAUAAAAUUAUAAAAACAAAUAAAACCAUUGCGGCUAUAAAGACACGUAAAACAGCACAAUAUUUAGUACAGUGGUACCUCAGGUUACAGACGCUUCAGGUUACAGACACUUGAGGUUACAGGCUCUGCUAACCCAGAAAUAGUACCUCGGGUUAAGAACUUUGCUUCAGGAUGAGAACAGAAAUCAUGCUCCGGUGGCACGGCAGCAGCAGGAGGCCCCAUUAGCUAAAGUGGUGCUUCAGGUUAAGAACGGACCUCCGGAACGAAUUAAGUAUGUAACCCGAGGUACCACUGUAUAUGUUGUGUCCGACAUCUUCCUUUCCACUGCAGCAAAUCAGGCUGCCACCAGCUACAUUUGGGUCUCAAAGCUGGCACAAGUGAGCGCAGUUCACACUUGGCCAACGUGUCAACUCUCGUGAUACCUGUGCCAUGUUGAACUUUCACUGGAUUUCUGCAGGGAUCAUGAGACACACCGAACCCUUCUAUUUCCCCCUUGAUAUGGAACUUGAUGCUGAGCCUCUGUAAAACCUCCCAGCCUUAUUCCUCCCUUAAGGCAAGGCAGCCUCAGUCCCAGGAGCCAAAUGCAAGCCUCUCUGGCCCUUGGAAUUCUCCCCAGACCGCACAGCCCUCACUGGACUUGCUUCCUAAGAAUGUUAAGAACAGCCUGCUGGAUCAGACCAUUUGCCCCUGUAGUUCAGCAUCUUGUUCUCAAAGUGGCCAACCAGAGACCUAUGGCUUAUUGUUGAGCUCCAAUUUUACAUUUGUUGUUCUGCUUUUGCCUCUGGCCCCAUCCUCCACUGCCAUGUGGCCCUUGGAAGGUUGCAAAGAACAGAAUGCGGCCCUCAGACUGGGGAAGGUUCCAUGUCCACAUGGCUUUAAAGAGCUGGAGCAAACCAGACUGCUAGUAGAACUGAGCUGAGUGAGCGUGCAGCCCGCUGGGUCGAAGGUCAUUCUGAGUAUACAAGCACAAACCUUCUUUGAGGACCCUAAAGUGUGAGGAGAGAGUUUGUGCCGCUGCAAGAUGGCCUGUUGGAAGAUUAGGUUACAUUAAGCUGUAAUUUCUUCAAUGUCUUUCCACGCACAAAAACUAAUAGUGCUCAGAGCAUCUUACAAUAUAGGUAGCGGGUGGCGCUGUGGUCUAAACCACUGAGCCUCUUGGGCUUGCUGAUCGGAAGGUUGGCGGUUCGAAUCCCUGCGAUAGGAUGAGCUCCCAUUGCUCUGUCCCAGCUCCUGCCAGCCUAGCAGUUCGAAAGCAUACCAGUGCAAGUAGAUAAAUAGGUACCACUGUGAUGGGAAGCUAAACGGCAUUUAUGUGCGCUCUGGCACUUGUCACGGUGUCCCAUUGUGCCAGAAGCAGUUUAGUCAUACUGGCCACGUGACCUAGAAAGCUGUCUGUAGACAAACGCCGGCUCCCUCGGCCUGAAAAGUAAGAUGAGCGCCGCACCCCAUAGUUAAGUUUGACUGGACUUAACUGUCCAGGGGUCCUUUACCUUUACCUUACAAUAUACAAAAUGGACACAACAAUAAGAAUAAUACAUAAAAGCCCAGGAAGGGCUGGGGAAACACUGGCUCCAGAAUCAUUCAGUUGGUAGAGCAUGAGACUCUUUAAUUUCAGGGUUGUGGGUUUGAGCCCCCGGUUGGGCAAAAGAUUCCUACAUUGCAAGGGGUUGGACUAGCACCACAGUUCAAGAAGGACACUGACAAACUGGAACGUGUCCAGAGGAGGGCAACCAAAAUGGUCAAAGGCCUGGAAACGAUGCCUUAUGAGGAACGGCUAAGGGAGCUGGGCAUGUUUAGCCUGGAGAAGAGGAGGUUAAGGGGUGAUAUGAUAGCCAUGUUCAAAUAUAUCAAAGGAUGUCAUAUAGAGGAGGGAGAAAGGUUGUUUUCUGCUGCUCCAGAGAAGCGGACACGGAGCAAUGGAUCCAAACUACAAGAAAGAAGAUUCCACCUAAACAUUAGGAAGAACUUCCUGACAGUAAGAGCUGUUUGACAGUGGAAUUUGCUGCCAAGGAGUGUGGUGGAGUCUCCUUCUUUGGAGGUCUUUAAGCAGAGGCUUGACAACCAUAUGUCAGGAGUGCUCUGAUGGUGUUUCCUGCUUGGCAGGGGGUUGGACUCGAUGGCCCUUGUGGUCUCUUCCAACUCUAUGAUUCUAUGAUUCUAGCUGAUCCUCGUGGUCCCUUCCAACUUUACAAUUCCACAAUCUUCUACAAACACCUGUGCCUGAAACCCUGGAGAGCUGCUGCCAAAACUGAGCUGGAUGGUCUGACUCAGCUGUAGAGAUUUAAUCUUGUUUUAAAUGUAUUUGGGUAUUUUGUCUGUGUUUUUUAUUGUUUUUUUUAACUGUUUUGAAUUACCUCGUGUGUAAAUUGCCUUAAGGUUGUGGUUUACAAAUCCCGCUACAACUGAAUGUGGCCAUUGGCCAUGCUCGCUGGGGCUCAUGGGAGUUGUAGUUCAGCAACAUCUGGAGCGGCAAAGGUUUCCCACACCUGCUUCAAAUCAUACUCACUUGGUGAAUACAAGAGAGAGACCUUUUCUGCAGCAGCAACUCUCUCAGGAAUUUCCUCCUCAGGGGGAAUUUCUCUGCGCUUUUAAGCUUUGCUUGAAAACAUUUUGAUUUAUGAUUAGUUUUAAAGCUGUGUGUGCUGACUUGCUUUUCACAGAUUUUCUUAGAUUGGCUAGUGUAGGUGUUUGUGUUUGUGUUUGUGUAUGUGUAUGUAGGAUAUAAAUCGAUCCAUCCAUCCAUCCAUUCCUGAAAAACAAAAGCCUUACAACCAUUCUGAGGCAGAGUUUCAAAAUGACUUUUCGGGGCCAUCUGCCGAGAAUCUGAUAUCAAGAUGCCCAGAAAUAUCUUUUUAUUGGAUUCUACAACUUUUUUGCCUUCCUUGGGGACUGCCAGCCAGCCAGUGUGUGCUAAUGAGCAGAGUUGGACUAGAAUUUGAGGUCCCUUCCCUGCCACAGGCAUAUUUGUGACCUUUGGGAAACCACUUUCCAUCCCAGUUCCCCCUCUGUAAAUUGAGAACGAAGAAUGAUAAUACACGUAUAGCGAACCACUUUACAAAUCGAGGCGGCAAAAUGCUAUAUAUAAGUGAUAAAUGGUGGUACCAGGAACGCUUCCAUGGGCUUCCAAGGAAUUGCAAGAUAAAAUGGAAGAGGAUGUUUAAAUUGGCUUAUUCUGUUUAUAUAUAGAAGGCAAUGAACAAUUGAACCAUAAAAACAAUUACUGAAACAGAAUGCCUGAACUGGAGCAAACGACAGCAGGAGAAUAGUAACCGCCUCAGAUAUUAAGAGGUUGCACAAAUAGAUCGGCUUUUAUUUAAAUGUAGCUAGAGAGUGAGGGCUCGGUGGAAAACUUUUAUGGAAGCUGUUCCAAAGCUGCAGUAUCUCAAGUUACGAGGCCCUAAGACAGAUACUGCAGUGGAAGUUCAAAGAAAGAUAGCACCCGGAACAACAUUAUCAUGUGAGGAUUGGCAAGCAGUUUGUGUUAGGAUUGUCCUACUCUCGUGUAGGACCCUGGCAGAGACACAUGCCCGACUGGCAUGUUCUAUCCCUCCUGGUCGGUCGUUCGGGAGCUUCAAAACCUUUGUUCAGCCCGAACUUCACAGUGACUGAUACCAAGAAGUAUCAGCACACUGCAGAGUAUUUGCAAUUUGCAUAACAGAACUCAGUAGCACAGCAUUUUGGCUAAUCUACAUUUAUUUACCUAUACAGUCAUGCCUCAGGUUACGAACACUGUGGGUAACGCGUUUUUGGGUUGUGGACUGUGCCAAACACGGAAGUACUGGAACGGGUUACUUCCGGGUUUCAACGCAUGCGCAGAAGCGCCGAAUCGCGUCACGCACGUGCGCAGACACGGCACUUCAGACUGCGGAUGCUGCGGGUUGCGAAUGUGCCUCCCGCACGGAUCACAUUCGCAACCAGAGGUAUGACUGUAAUACACUCAAAGCAUUCUGCUUUAGCUCCUUCCUCUUUCUCACCAGACACCAAAGAGAGAAAGAACAAAGGACAAUAGUCCCACUUCACAGAACACAGUAACACAAACAUCCUGUCCCUGCCACUUCCCACACUGUGGAAUGAAAACAUACACCGUCAUGUGAUAGACAACAAUCCCAUGACUGCAAACACGGAGGAAGAAUCCUAACAGUUUGAUCAUCAAGUUCCGGGUGGGUCACGUUAACAAUGAGGAAAAUACCCCAGUUCUGCUUUCCAGCCCCCAUUUUUGACAUACAGGGAAUGCUGAUUGCUGAACUUCUGACAGCAGGCUAAUCUGUGGGGAUUUUGUCUCAGCUAACCUGGUCGCUUGGCACGUUUGGUUUUCAGAUUCCACUCCCCUGAAGUAUAAGGAUUUGGAUAAGCUCCAGCAUUAAUUUUAGAGGGGGGUAGUGGUGGUGGUGGUGCCUAAUUAGUAGCUUCUUCAAUGUGUAGAACAUUGAGAGCUUUCUCCUCUGAUGCACUGAUGGCUCCUCUGAAGUUUCCCAGCCCAUUUAUAAUUAGUCCCAGGUAUAUAUAACUGAACAUUUUCAGACUCUCAUUCUCUCUGUAGGGAAGGUAACAUACAGCUUGUUCUUUGUGACUUGCAGUCUCCUGGUGUUCUUAACAUUCUAUUAUGUAGAAAAGAUGACGUUUUCUUUUCCUAGCUGAAAGAAAUUUAGAAUGAAAAGAUGUAACGUUCUUUAAAAAGUCACUGUGGUUUUAUUCACUGUGGCUUCAGUUUCCUUAUAGUGUACAUAAUAUUUGCAAGUCAUAUGCUGGGUCAGCUCCCAGCAUCACCCUUCAUGUUUCAGAAAGAAAGGCAUGUUUCAUCUUUUAAAAAUAGUUAACAAACAAACAAACAUUCACAUCUCACUUUACCAAAACAAAGCAUCCCCUCACAAAUAUUUCAAAAUCAGCUGCAUAAAUGCUGUAAGAAUGAUUUCUGGGGGAAUAGGUUGAUGAUGUUGCAGGCACUAGCCAGUUAAACCCACCAUGAACAGGUUUCCCUGGAAAUGCCAGAAACUUACAAAAUCAGUUUGUUUUUCUGAACGCAUUCUACGAUGCUAAAAUGAAGGUGUGUUUUCAGGGUGUUUAACCAAUCACCAUCAUAAUUCGAAUGCUGUGUCCAUCUUUACUCUUAAAACCCAUCAAAACUGGAAUAGUCUAACCUGUUUUCAUGUUGGUGUGGCAAUUUAAAGGGGGGGUGGGGUUUGCCACUAGUUCCCCUUCCAUCCGUUCACUGACAGCGUAUUAUAAAAACCAGAUUGGCAGAUUGGUUUGGGAACCACGAACCAUGACUAGACUGGGAUUCAGAUUUCACCUUGUACAGUAUAUGACAUUAGCCUGAAGGCCUUUUCUCAACCAUAAAGCAGCCUUCUAAAGGGGCACUUUGUGAGACGGGAGGAGAGUACGUAACCUGUUUAUCUCUGAAUCUGUCCACCCACCCACCUGCUUUUUCCCUAAUGGGGUCCCAUAACUGUUGGGAGUAAAACAGUCGGAGGCGAGUUGCAAAGGAAGAGUACUUUCCAGUGGAAAAUGGGCUCUCAGUGUAUAUAACUGAUAGCUGCAGUUCAGCCCUGACAUGAGGCUAUUGACUCCCCUUUCACCUUAAGGAUCUGUUCCAGACUCACAAGUCCUCCCUUCUUUAAAAGGUCUUUUGUUUAUGACCCAUAGGGUGCCAGUAUUACAGAACAUGGAACUUUCUCUGUAGUUCAUCUUAGGAAGAUGAUGGUGUAACUAUGCCAUGAAACAUAAUAUGAGGCAUUUUCCUGGAGCCGUUUGUGAGGAAAGGCUAGCAGGCCGAUGAUGUACAAGCAGGAAAGCACUGGGUGCAAGUUACAUCAGCCUCCUUUUUAGUCGUGUAUGUGUGAUUUAAUAUGCAAAUCUUUUUGCAAUAUUUAUCCGAUCUAUUAUUAUUAUUAUUAUUAUUAUUUAGAUGAUUUAUAAACCACCCUUUGUAAAAGCCACAGGGUGGUUUACAUAAAAUCGAUAAAAUAACACAAUCCUUCGAAAACACGUAAUAAGCUUAAGACAGUUCUCAUUUUUUUUUAUGUUGAUGAACAGAAGACCUUCGAAUUAAGGCAUAAUUCCACACACACACACACACACACACACGAACUGUUAUAAAUACAUAAAUACAUUUUUUUAUGUUGAUGAACAGAAGACCUUCGAAUUAAGGCAUAAUUACACACACACACACACACACACACACUCACACAGGAACUGUUAUAAAUACAUUUUUUUAUGUUGAUGAACAGAAGACCUUCAAAUUAAGGCAUAAUCACACACACACACACAUAUCCAACAACUGUUAUAAAUACUGAUAUAUACUGCCUCUGCACAUGAGGGCUUCAAAAGGGCCACCACAGCAAAUAGCCAUGGAUAGGCACAUCCUCAAUUAGUAUGGCCUUAUCUCUUUUUAAAGCCGCCUUAAGUCUAACCUAGUGGCUGCCACAUCUUGUGGAGUGAAUUCCCUGAAUUGAUUAUGUGCUGUGAGAAGACGCACUCCAUUUUGUCUGCCCUUAAUCCCCUGCCUAUCAAUUGGGUUUUUGGUGAUCCUGAAUCCAAUGCAUUGUCAAGAGAGAGGGACAACUUUCCCAGCAUUACGUUCCUAAAGCAGGCAAGCCUACAUUUCUCCUUUCGAGGGUAAGAGGACUUCGGUUUGUUUAUUGACCAAACCAGAGGACGUAAUUUUGGGAGAGAGGCUCAUUCCUCUAACGUUUUAAAACCUUAGUCCAAAAAGUUGCACCAAAGGCUUAAAAUUGGGUGAAGCAAGCAGUUGUAUGUGUGUUUUUUGUACACAUUUGUUGGUAAGCAGCUAUACCAUACGGAUGCAGUCGGUUACAUUCUUUACAGACGAGAAAUACGUUUAGCUGUUGUGAAUUAAAAUGUGAUUAACAGAUUCCAGAUUGGACUUUGAGGAGGGGGAGGAGCAGCUGCUGCUGCUGCUGCUGCCAUUGCAGCAAAUGUGUGCAAUGCCAAGGUUCCCUCAGGUGAAGUCUUCUCUGCUCUUGGAUAACCAGUCUGUUCCAGCCGAGAUUCAUCCAAGGAAACCAUGCUUCAGCUCAGGCAUGGGAUCACAGGGCUGCUAUUAUUUAUUAUUUACAAUAUUUCAAGGCCUCCCUUUGCAGACAAAUCAAUUGCAGGGUGGUUCACCACCGAUUAUGCAACCAUUAUACGCAGCCUAAAAUGCAAGUGCGUUCAUUAUAUGCUUUCACAGGUGUAUUUCUACUCACUUUGCACCCCCCACCUGUCUGCAUUUCAAACAGUAGGUUAUAUUAAAGGCUAGAUUAAGCAACAUAAAAACAAUAACAAAAAAACACACCACAGGAAUAUUCCACAAUCCACAAAGAUUAUUAAGGGCCUAAAAUAAGUGCCACAGGUGCAAUAGAAAUAGUAAAAUAAACCCUGAAGGGGUACUUGGAAGCAGGCAUGAAGCAGCUCAGGACCUCAAGGAUCGCCUCUUUCCAUAUGAACUUACCCAGACCCUGAGGUCCAGAGGGUGGCAACACGAGAACGGGCCUUCUCUGCAGUGGCUCCCCAUCUGUGGAAUGCUCUCCCCAUGGAAGUUCACCUGGCACCUUCAUUAUACACCUUUAGGCGCCAAGCAAAAACAUUCCUUUUGAACCAGGCCUUUAGUUGAUCUGAUUUACAUCCUAUGCCCUUUUAAAAUGUGGUUUUGGCGGGGGGGGGCGCUAUUGGAUUGUUGUUUCUAUUUUUGUUAUGUAUUUUGUGGUUUUAUAUCUUGAUUUUAUUCUGUGAACCGCCCUGAGACCCCCGAGUAUAGGGCGGUAUAUAAAUUUAAUUAAUUAAUUAAUUAAUAAUAUCACAAAAUUAAAAAAAUGAUGGUGGAGUAGACCCACUGAAAUUAAUGAACUUGACUAAGUUAGGCCCAUUAAUUUCCAAGUACAACUUAUUUGAGAUAUCACCCAGUGCCAUCCAACUCCAUGAGCUUUUUGCUAUCAAAAUGUCAUAUCCAGUUGAUUUUAGAGAUGCAUAACUGAGGCAUAUCAAACAAAGAAAAGGCACGCUCUUACAUACAAACUUCUCUAGCCUGUUACGACUUCUUGGAGAAAUCUUAUAUGUAUUUGUUUAUCCUCUGCAUGUAUUUCUUCACCCUACCUUUUUGCCCAAAACCUACAUGGAGGCUCACAUGGCAUUAAAACCCCGCAGUCUUCUUUCUCAAUUGCUGAAUUUUGAUUGGGAUAAUUUGGCUCUGGCUCAUUCUAAACUGCCAGAAGGAGCUGGUGUUGGUUGGCAUCUCCCUCAGUUUGUGCUAAUUUUUGCCUUGUGUUGUGCUUUUCGUUUUCCUCCCCCUUCUGGAACGGCACUGGUCGAUAGUCACACAAUAUGUUACAAUAGAAUAUGAAUCCGUUGGUGUCCAGGUUUUGUGUAUUUCAUACUGGAAGUGGAUCUUUUCCCCCCUGAGUAACAUCGUAUAGGUAGUUUAUCCAGCAGUUUCUCUUUCUUUUAUUUUUCCUUGUGUUUUCUAGGGGCUAAACACAGUAGCAGCAAACAUACGUAUUUUAACCCUUCUAGGAAAAAGCAGCUUCAGAGGGAGGUGGUUUUCAGCAAAUAAGUGGCAGGCAGAGGGUGCUUAACCCUUCUCUCACCAAUUUUCCUGCUGUGAGCAGCUUUUCUCCAUCAUAAGAUAUUCUUGACUUCUGUUUGCAGAGGCAAACACAUCUGGCUUCCAGAGUUGGAGCAAGUGAAGGGGGGCGGUUUACAGGGGGAAAUCAUCAGGUGGGGAAGGGUUAAACACAGCCUUCCUCCUACACUUUACCACUGAAAAUUGCCCAUUCCUCUGCCUUGGAAGGAACAGCAGUUGGGGGUUACAUACCCAAAAAUGCGUAGUUUGGCCAGGAGGCAGAUUAGUUAUUUAGCUCUUGGGAAAGCAGAGUCUGAAGUCUUCUCCACCUGUGCUAAUGCUUUCCUGAUUUGUGGGGGCUUGGAAGGGAGGGGGCGUUCAGUCACUGCUAGAAUCCCAUAGCGGACAGUUUCCUCCCUGCACCGUUCAAUGUCUCUGAAUCCACAAAUCCACUCGUUUUCCUGCAGGCGACUGUCUUUUCUGUCUUUCAUGCCUGCUUCCAAGUACCCCCUUCGGGGUUUAUUAUGGUGGGUAGGUGCGUACAGAAUUUCAAUUCCUGGAAAUCUUUGCUCUCAUGAUCACGGAGGACGUGUUAGAAUACAUGCACAGAUAAGCGCUUUUGAAAACUUCAGCUGCUCAGGGGUGAGGGGAAUACGCAAUGGCUCUGCAUCUCUUAUCAACGCUCUCUUAACUGUUCCUUACUUGGAUAGUGAGCUUGACUGACAGGGAAACCUCAUCCAUUAAAGGGGGGGGGGGAUGCCAGCAAUUACUGCAUGGCAUGAAAUUUCCAGUGAAGUUAAUGCACAGAUUGCAUAUCUGUUUCACUCCAUGGUGGUGGUGCAGAGAUCUUUCACCUUGUGGUAAGAUGUCCCUGUUGUUGCUUUGGGGAGGGGGGAGCAAAACAUUAACCCAUUCUGCCUAUUGGGGUUAAGCUAGGAUGCCUAUUUCAUUCCCCCACCCCUUCCCAUCACCUAGGCCAGCCUUCUGAAACUGGGUGCCCUCCAGAUAUUAUUGGGACUACAAUUCUCACCCUCCUCAGUGAACCUCAGCCUUCCAUAGCCCACCAGGCUGUGGGAAGGCUGGCCUAGGUGAUGGAUGGGAUGCCGAUGGCAAAUUUUGUGACGUGAGGAAGAUUCUUCAGGGUUCUAGUUAGCCCCAGGUGCAAACACUGCCCCAGGCUGCUGCUGUCAAUGCAAAGGUUCAUCUUGCUGCUUUGAUGAUACUUGAUGGUACCUCUCUCUCCCCACAGGUGAGGGAGCUGCCUGCAACCCCAAGCUCAUUCAUUCCGUGGACUAUGCCCACACCUCCAUGCCCUCUCAGCCAUGGAGACUCCCAUGUUCGACACUAUCCUGGAGACGACGGACGGUGUGACCCCUGACCCCAGCUGGACACUGCCCUACCCGCUGGGCUUCCAGGUCUCACUGACGGGCUUCCUCAUGUUGGAAAUCGUACUGGGCGUCAGCAGCAACUUGACCGUAUUGGUGCUGUAUUGCCUCCAGGCUGGCCUGGUGGACUCUGUCAGCAACAUGGUGACCAUGAACUUGCACGUGCUGGACGUGCUCAUAUGCGUGGUGUGCGCCCCGCUUACCAUGGUGGUGGUCCUGGUGCCCCCCGACCGGGCCGCCACACUCCUCUGCUGCUUCCACGAGGCGUGCAUCACCUUCAGCAGUGUGGCCACGGCCACCAAUGUGCUGGUGAUCAGCCUGGACCGCUACGACAUCUCGGUGCGGCCGGCGCAGCGCGUGCUGACCCCGGGCCGCGCCAUCCUUCUCCUGGCUGGCGUCUGGGUGCUGUCCCUGGCUGUCUUCUUCAUACCCUUCCUUGAGGGCGAGCUGGGCCACGCCAGCACGUGGCAGAACCGCACCGUGCUCUGCGUCGGGCCCGAGGAGUUCCACGCUGAACUUGGCACCUCCUACCACCUGGCAAUCCAGAUCCCCACGUUCUUCGCCGCCGUGGCCGUCAUGCUGGUGACCUACGCCAAGAUCCUGCAGGCCCUCAACAUCAGCAUCGGCAGCACCUUCAAGCGCAGCCAGCGCCACAAGACCAAGAAGAGGAAGCGGCGGAAAUCGGCAGAGCCAAGCGGCAGCGUGGCGGCCGGCGGAGCAGAAGCCAAGCGGCUCUCUCAGCCCGUGCCGGCGCUGCCGACGCCACCGCCCAUGGGGGUGCAAGCCUCGGUCUCUGUGAUCAUCGCCCUGCGGCGAGCGGUGAAGCGCCACCGUGACCGGAGGAAGCGCCAGCGGCGGGUUUUCCGCAUGUCCCUGCUCAUCAUCUCCACCUUCCUGUUGUGCUGGGCGCCGCUGUCUGUUGCCAACCUGCUGAUCCUGUGCCUGGGACCCAGCCCCCUGAUGGGCAAGCUGCGCGUCUGCUUCCUGGCCAUGGCCUACGGCACUACCAUCUUCCACCCGCUCCUCUACGCCUUCACCCGCCAGAAGCUGCGGAACGUGCUGCGCAGCAAGCUGAAGAAGCGAGUGGUGUCGGCCCUUCAGGUGGACCCCGCGCCCGGCGGCACCGUCAUCCACAACUCCUGGGUGGAGCCGCCCCGCAAAAGCUGCAAGGGCCGGCUGCGGAGUAGUGACGGAGCCGAGCGCUGCCUGACUGAGGCCGCUAAGGAGUGAGGCGUAGGGGGCCGAGCCCUCAAAAUGGAGGUUCAGCAGAGUUUGGGGGUGGGCGUACGAAUCUUCCGCCUCGCCCAAGCUGGUGAGCGGCGAGUGCCAAACACUGAAAGGGGAGGGAGGCACAGAGGCCGCCAGAAACUACAACACCGGUGCUAACCCUUCCGCCAGAAGCCACUGAAUGAGAGAAGUGGGGGUGAGCAGAUGUCUUAACGAAGCAGCGAGGGUCAGCCAUCGGCGCCUUGCCGAAACCCCAAGGGUUUCUGGGUAGGGUGCGAUACUGAUCCCUCACAAAAGGCCCUGCGCCCAGAGUGCAAGGCCUUCCCGUUGCCAGCGCUGAAACCAACCGACUGUCUGAGGUAAAAGACAAAGGCUCGAGCCUUCCCACCCAUGGCACCGGCCAAUUCACCACACUAAGACCCAAUAUAAUGAUCACUACUACUACUCCUAUUUAAUGUUUAUAUCGGUGCCAAGAGUUGUGCUAAAGACAUCCACUUGGGUGAGGUCCCCUGCAUAUAGGGUCGUUGAGCCCACAUGGCAGUGAGCGAGUGAGCUUCCCCAGGGGCCUAAUCAGCUAAUACAUAUUUCUCUUUAUUGCUGGCUAAGUCCAGGAAGUGGAGGAAGAAGUCUAAGAAAGCAUUUUGUGGCUGCGGGGGAAAUGCGGGUUUGGGGAAGGGGUGAGCCUCGCGCAGCUCUCGGCCCCACUGUUUUGCUGUGCUUUCCUCCCCAGAACCCCUUAGAUUAGGCAAGCGACACACUGUUCUGUUGCAUCAUCCCAGGCCCCUGCCGUCUCCAGAACAUGUUAUGCUUUGGGGGUGGGUUUAAGUGCAGUUGUAGAUCUCCCAGUCCAGUGGCUGGAGCCUGGCAAACAUACCUUUCUGCAAAGGUUUAUGUUAGGCUCUGCGCCCACACACCACUUCCAUAUUGGGACCAGUUUCCCAACAACCUCCUUGGUUUUUCUGGUUUUUUUUAAGGCUUCAGUACUGCAGACGCUGAUUUCCUUGCCUCUGCCAUCGCUGGUGGCCACUGACUCCCAGCAUCAGAUGCUAAGUGCAGCUGCAGUCCUGGAUUUGAAGGUUCACUACUGUACCAAACGGCAACAGCUUUUUGGGGGGAAAGGGGAGGGGGAAAUGGACCGCUCCAAUCAGAGGAACAGGGACUGUAGGUGUAGACAUGCCCCAAGCGACCCCGGAUGUCUCAUUUAAAAAGAGGCCAGACAUCAAUAGCUGCCUUAUACCAAGCCCACACCAUUGGGUUCCAUCUAGCUCAGUAUUGUCUGACUGGCAGUCCAGGGUCUCAGGCAGGGGAUAUUCCCAGCCAUACUGGGAGAUACAUCAGGAUUAGAACUGGGCAUUUUCUGCAUGCAAAGCAGGUGCUCUGGUACCGAGCUCUGGCCCCGCCCUCCUUGCAGCCAGUAUCCUCUAAGUAACAUGGUCUGGAAAGAGGACCUAGGCAUACAUCAACAGCACAGUUGGACCCAGCCCUUUCAUACUGUGCCUCUGGGGGAACAGAGGGGAGUGGGGUAGACGGUAUGCCAAAUGGAAGGUGCCAAGGCUUGGGAUUGGCCUUUAUGGAGCAGGCAGUGAAAGAGCUGUCCAAGGAUGGUAUUUGUGUACUAGGGGAGCUGAGCUGGGUGCAAGUCCCACUGGACUUGGUGGAGCUUACUUCUGUUAGGCACUAACGAAAGUUGCAGCACUGCCCAAGAUACAGGCACACACCUGCCCAGCCACUCGCAAGAGAUCAUUUCCUUGCCGCUGUUACGUUGAAGGUUGUCAGAAGGGAAGGAGAAGAAAGCCCUCAGUCUACCAGCUACAAUUCCGCUCCUUGCUGCUUCCCAGAAAUGCAUGAGGAGCAUAUGGUCAGCUGCUAGGCAGUCAGUUCUCUCCCACACUCUCCCUUAGAAUAGGCCCAGAAUCCUCUGGCUCAUCAGCACCCAAUGGCAGGAGGAGCAGAGAAGUGCCCCUCAAAAGUGUGUGGGCGCGUGGCAAAUGCUGGAUAGAUCACGAAGCUGGCGAGAGCCUCUAGAAGGACUUUUUUUUUCCUUAACGGGUCAACGGCAGCUCAUUAUAGUUCCUUAUUUCCGAGCUUCUUAAAAACUUGGCAUUAGACUGGCCCUUUACCUAGACUUACUGCAAUACAAGAAUAUACACCAUCAGACUGUCGGUCUAUUGCAGACGAGGAUUGGCACCUAUUGGCAGCAGCACCUCAAAGCUUCAGACCAGGGUUUUCCCUAGCCCUGCCCAGAGACUGAACCUGGGAUAUUCUGCAUGCAAAGCCACAGCCCUUCCCUGGUAUCCACAGAGCCACGCAGACAGUCACACCAACUGGCCCUGUUGCAUCCUUCCUCCAUGCCAACCGCCAGCACAGUUACCAACAAAAGACUUGCUACGUCUUCCUCAUUCAUCCCACGUGGCAAAAGAAAAAGGAAGGGGGGGGGAACCUGUUGGAAGUAACAUUUGGGUGCCCAGCUUCUUCCAGCCAGGAGUCUGAAAGCGGAUUUCACACGACUGUCUCGUCUCUUGUGUAUCGGUGUAGUCUAGCCAUAGGUGUCAUAUUCUGGAAGCUGUAACAUGGCCACAGUUGAAGGCAAUAAAAGAGCUGGUGAGUUGUGUGUGCAAUGUGUCAGAAAUCGUGGGGGGUUCCCAGAGGGUAGAACCAGUUGGCAUCACAUGAACAACCCACUGCCCCUUUUAGAUAAAGCUAGAAGUCGCAGGUUCAUCCCGGCAGAAUGGGAUCAUCUCAGUGGUAAUAGAUUGUGCUCGUAUUUUCCCAGAGGUAAUCUCACUGGAAGGGAGCAGCAGAAACAAUUGCCAAACGCCUCACAUCCAUAUUUUCCUGUGAUGUCCUACUGAUACACCGAAGCUUUUCUGAGUGUGGUUCUUCCUCUUGACUGUGCUAUCUGCCAAAGGCGUGUAAGUAGGGAAUUCAUGGUGGCUUUCCCCCAUUAUAGAAGAACUUUGCCUUGGAGAAUAGUAAACCUCUUGAGUCUAAA